AGCCAAGUUCCCCUUCCACCAUCACCGCCUCUGCCGCCCCGAGGCCAGUCCGACAAGCAACAAACGACAGCCAGUUGCACAAGCAACCGCCAGCAGACUCUGGCUCAGUGCUUCGAGCGACGCGCCCGCCACGGGCACUGGCCGGACCGAAACUCGCACAAGCCGUGUCACAACAGCCAGGGGCAUAUCUGCGCGUGUGCCAACUUUGCAACGACGGCUCCCCCAAACCAACCUCGACCGCCGCUGCUAUUUUCCGCACCGGGAUCAGCUCGACGAGGACGUGUGAGCACCCGCCAAGAGCGACUGAUCUGCCUGCGUGUCCACGCACUGGGACUCGAACGAGCAGACCGUUGUCGCCGAUAACCAACGAAACACGGGCUCACCACGGGAGUCAACCAAGGCCACAAGCGACAGCCCGCCAUGGAUGACGACAACAUCCCGACGUUUGUCUCCAUUACUGGAGCGAACACAGAUGUCGCGCGCGGGUUCCUGCAGCUUGCGGGUGGCGACUUCGAGCGAGCCGUGGGCCUCUACUUUGAAAACCCCGACUUGGUCUCGGGCGUCGGCGCUGGCGUAUCGGGCGACCAGCCUGCUCGUACAAACGCGUCGCGACCUACCGCAGAGAAUCCGAUAGUCAUCAGCGACGACGACGAUGACGACGACGUGAUGGAGGUCGAGGAUGACGACGAGGACACGGCUGUUGCUGCCGCAGCCGCGCGGGCCCAGGAAGAGGAAGACGCUGCCAUGGCGAAGCGGCUGCAAGAGGAACUCUACGGCGGUGGCGGUACGGGCUCCGGCUCUGGUUCUGGGGCUGGCGCAGACGACGUGCGUGCGCCCAUUGCGCGGACAACGGAGACGCUGGUGGCGCCCGAUCCCUCAUGGGGCGGUGGCGGCGACGACGACGAGAUGGGUUCCGCCAUCCUGGAGCAACUGAGAAGAAAUCGGCGCGCGCCUCCACGAUCGGGCGGCCCCUUUGGCCAGCGAAUCUGGGGAGACGACAGCGGCGCGCCUCGAACCUCUGCAGAGAACGGACCGCACGCCCGGAGGCUCGAGGAUCUGUUUCGCCCUCCAUACGAGCUCAUGGCCCGCGUGUCGUGGGACGAGGCGCGGACGCUGGGCAAGGAAGACAAAAAGUGGAUUUUGGUCAACCUGCAGGACAUGAAUGACUUCAACUGCCAGGCGCUCAACCGCGAUAUUUGGAAGGACACUGCGGUGCGCGACCUCGUCUCGGAGAGCUUCAUCUUCUUGCAGUACGACAAGGACUACCCGGACUCGCAAGAGUACAUUACAUUUUACUUUCCCCAUCAAACCCACGAGAACCCGGACAACUACCCGCACGUGUCCAUUGUCGACCCACGGACGGGCGAGCAGGUCAAGGUGUGGAGCGGCCGGCCGUUCCCCAGCGCCGCCGACUUUCACGCCGAGCUCGCCGAGUUCCUCGACCGGUACAGCCUGGACCUGAAUAGCAAGAACCCGGUGGCCAAGGCGGCGACGCGGAAACCGCAGGUCGUGGACGUGGAUCGCAUGACGGAGGAGGAGAUGCUCGAGAUGGCGCUCAAGAACAGCCUCGCGGGGGGCGGCGAGAGCAGCGGAUCGGGCUCGACGCCAAACAUCCACGACCCAGAUGCGCUGACCAAGUACCCCGGGUCUAGCGGCAGCGCUGACGAGGAUGCUAGGGGCAAGGGUAAGCAGACGGAGCAGCCGGCAGAGCAGCCGGCCGCAGCAGCGAGCCCCUUUGCGCAAAUCUCGAGCACGAAGCCACAUACCGAGCCCGACAACGACCCUGCGACGACGACGCGGAUCCAGUUCCGGCACCCCAACGGGCGGGUAAUUCGACGGUUCAGUUUACAAGAUCCCGUGCGGCGCAUCUACGAGUGGCUCAAGGCCGAGCCGCUCGAGGGCAAGGAAGGCGUCGAGUUUGAGCUCAAAAAGAUGCCGCAGGGCCAGGACCUGACGGAGAGCCUUGACGCUACGAUUGAGGAAACGGGGCUCAAGCAGGGGACGGUUAUGAUUGAAUUCAUCGAGGACUAAGGGAAGGGGCCUCGCGUACGGCAUGGCACACAUGGAUGUUGGCGAAACACCUUGGGCCGAUGCGAAGAGGCACGCUCGGGUUUGGUUCGCCGCGUUUGAGGGCGGGCUUUUUUUUUUUCGGUCGACGAACUUGCAUGAUGGAUGGAUGAUGGAUGGGAUGCGCUGGGUGCCCUACUGAUGAGCCGAGUGCACGCAUAGACCUGUACCUAGGGUGGCUUUUGUUUCUUUUGCGUCGCCCAUGAGACUAGAUGCCCUGCGAGGGAUGGAUCUCAAAUCAGCAUGAGUUGUAGCAUGACCUUGGUUGCGUGCGUGCGCCGCUUCGCAUGUUAGUUGUUGAUGGUGCCUCCUGGACGGGCCGCUGGGGCAUCGUGAUGGUCAGGGCACGAACUGACGAAGCACGCCCCGCGACCAAAGCCAUGGCUCUAGUUAUCAGCAGGAGUACGCACAGUGCCAAGGUACCUACUAAGGUAGUAGUCAAGACAUGGUAUGGUACGGUCGGACUUGUUUAGAG